AUGCCCAAGGAUCAAGAGAAGCAUCAAGGCACCCUUGAUUCUUUCUUUGGAAUCAAAUCAGCGGCGAAGAAGCAAACGACGCUGAAUGGUUUCUUCAAGAAGCCGAGCAAUGACAAAGAGAACACGGAGAAUAAGACAUCAGAAAAAACCAAAGCCAUCGACAAACGGCGGCAGCAUGCCAUUCUAGAUGAUAGCAGUGACGAAGAAGAUGCAAAAGAGAAGAUUGCUCCAAGCCCUGCCAAAAAGGCCAGAACGGAGGAAAAGAAGGACGAGGAUGAUCAUUCGCAAGAUAAGAAACCAGAGGCGAAGACGAAAGAGUCGUCGUCCGACAAUGAAAUAGACGACGCCAUGAAGAUGCAAAAGCCAAAGAAGAAAGCAAGUCCAGCAACAAAGAGCAUUGAAACAAAGAAGAAAGAAUCGUCUACCAAACCCGCUGUCAAAGAUGACACGACCAAUGAUGCCAACAUAGACAACAACAAGGUGCUUACCAACGCUGCCAAGAAACUCGCCAAAGCUGCCAAAGUUGACGUCGAUGUAGAAGAAAUUCCGUCUCCUGUCCCAUACGCCGAGCUGGCCAAGGUCUUUGAAGCGAUUGAAGCCACCACCAAACGGCUCGAGAUUCAAGCCAUUUUGACAAAAUUGAUACGCCGGGUUGUGAAAUAUUGCCCUCACGAACUCCAUUCCAUCAUUUACCUUGCGAGUAAUUCCAUUGCGCCAGCUUAUGACUGUGUGGAACUCGGUAUUGGAGAUUCUAUUUUGGAAGGUGCUGUGGCACAGGCCUAUGGGGCUAAUCCGAAAACCGUCAAGGAAAAGUACCAAACAGAGGGGGACUUGGGGACCGUCGCCCAAAGUUGCAAAAGCAAUCAGAGAACUCUUGGGUUUGCCAUGAUGAAGCCAAAGCCUCUGACAGUAGGCAACAUUCUAGACGUCUUUCGAAAAAUUGCUGCCAUUUCGGGUUCCAAAUCCAAAAAUCACAAGAUUGACCUCAUCAAGGGGCUGCUAGUCAAGGUGCAAAAUCCAGCGGAAACCAAGUAUAUCAUCCGUGGUUUGCAAGGCAAAUUACGAAUUGGAUUGGCAGAAUCCACAGUGCUAAUAUCGCUGGCACAUGCUGUGAGCUUUACCAUUCCUGCCACUGUUGCCGAUGUUGUGCUCAAAGAUGAUGACGAUGAGGAGGAGGAGGAGAAUGCUGGGCUCGGAAAGAAUGAAAAAACCUUCCAAGACAAAUCAGCCGCAGUCGAAAAGAGAUUGGAAGCGGCCGUCAAUAUUGUCAAGAAGGUAUACUCGGAAGUCCCUUCCUACGAUGCCCUCUUGGAUGCCGCCCUGAAGUUUCCAUUGAUACACCUAGGGGAGAACUGUCCGUUCCGACCUGGUAUUCCAGUAUUCCCCAUGCUUGCCAAACCAACAAAGUCAAUACAAGAAGUACUUAAGCGCUUGGAUGGAUUGGAAUUCACUUGUGAAUUCAAAUACGAUGGAGAACGGGCUCAGAUCCACAAGACCUCGGAUGGAGAACUCAAGGUGUUUUCGAGAAACCUGUUGACUACCACUGGAAAAUAUACAGAAGUAGCGGAUUAUGUGCAAGCGGCAUGUACGGACGCUGUAGAGUCCUUUGUCAUGGACGCAGAAGUUGUUGCCAUCAAUCGGGAUACUGGAAGGCUACUACCGUUCCAAGUUCUAUCCACUCGAAAGAAGAAGGAGGAUGGCACACCUGAAGUGCCAGUCAUUGUACAGGGAUUUGAUCUCAUGUUCCUGAACGGCAAAUCGUUAAUGGAUACUCCACUUCGAGCGAGAAGAGCAUUGCUCAAGAAGCACUUUCCAGAAGUAGAAGGCAAGUUCCAGUACGCCAAAUCUCUCGACUUUGUCGAGAAUGGAGACACUAUUGACUUGGAAAAGUUCCUGGAUGCCUCGGUCAAGGGUCAAUGCGAAGGUUUGAUGGUCAAGACUAUGGAUGACAUCUAUGAGCCAUCCCGACGUUCUUUGAACUGGCUCAAGUUGAAGAAGGAUUAUUUGGACGGACUCGGCGAUUCUUUCGAUUUGGUUCCAUUGGGAGCGUACCACGGCAAGGGCAAGAGAACGGGUGUGUACGGAGCCUACUUGUUAGCGUGCUAUGAUGAAGAUGCUGAAGAAUUCCAGAGUGUGUGCAAGAUCGGAACUGGAUUCUCGGAUGAAGAUUUGAAGACGCUCUCGGCGUCGCUGAACGAACACAAGUUGGAGACCAAAAGCUCACAGUACAAUGUUGACGAGGGAUUGGACUGUGAUGUUUGGUUCGAUGCUGUUCAGGUAUGGGAAAUCAAGGCAGCUGACUUGUCCAAAUCAUCCCUCCAUCGAGGUGCUAUUGGGAAAACUGGAGAAGCUGGUAGAGGCAUUGGGUUGCGAUUUCCUAGAUUCGAACGUAUUCGUGAUGACAAGAAGCCUGAAGAUGCCACCUCGAGUGAUCAGGUGCUCGAUAUCUACUACAAUCAAGACACUGUAAAGGGGCAUGAUGAUGGAGGUGGUGACGAUGGUAUCUAG